CUUCUUCCUUCGCCUAUUAAAAAGGAAAGCGUGAAGUGAAGCAGUAAACCCUAAAACUCCCAAGCUGAGAAAAAAAGAGAGGUUUCAGUGCUUAGCUCAAGAUGAUCAUCCCUGUUCGCUGCUUUACCUGUGGAAAGGUGAUUGGAAACAAGUGGGAUGCCUAUCUUGAUCUUCUCCAGCUUGACUACACUGAAGGGGAUGCACUUGAUGCGCUCAACUUGGUGAGAUACUGCUGCAGGCGUAUGCUUAUGACUCACGUUGAUCUUAUUGAGAAGCUUCUCAACUAUAACACUCUGGAAAAAUCAGACAACAGUUGAAAAAGAGAGGAUGCAAAUCUGUUGAAAGAGUGUUGUUACUCGUCAGAGGGCUAUAUAUUAUGGAAUAUGUAUGAAUCUCUUGUGUGUUUGGUGUAGAAAAUUAAAUCAAUCUGAAUCAUGUUGGUUUUAGACUACGUCAGGGAUUUUGUCAUAUGCAUGUCGGGUGUCUCUACGUGUUAUGAUUUUCUGAGCUGAAAGAUUUGUACUUCUAAGUAAUUCGUCUUUCUUUA